UCAUAUAAAGCCAGGCAUCUGGCUUCUUCCCUGCCACGAUAAAAUAACGUCUUUAAUUCGGUUUAACCGGCCGAGCCGCUUCCGCUGUGGCCCCGAGGGGUGACUAGCGCCCUAGUGACGGGGGUUAGGAGCAUUAAAGACGGCUGGGUGUGGCCCGUUGAAGAGGUGGGCGGCCAUGCACUAGAGGCUGAGGCUGUCCCGGAGGCUGAGCCUACACUCUAGGCCCCGGCUGUGUCCCGGCCCAGGUGCGGCCUAGUUCAGCUGGCGGCGCUGAGGAGCGGGUGUCUCUGUGCGGAGAAGCGUCUCUCCAGUUCGUCAUGGCCGUGUCCAGAUUAGACCGCCUCUUUAUAUUACUGGACACGGGGACAACCCCAGUAACGAGAAAAGCGGCAGCGCAGCAGCUUGGAGAAGUGGUCAAACUGCAUCCACAUGAACUCAACAACCUGUUAAAUAAGGUCCUGAUCUACCUGCGCAGCGCUAACUGGGAUACACGUAUAGCAGCUGGUCAAGCUAUUGAAGCUAUUGUAAAAAAUAUUCCAGACUGGAGCCCAACAGCUCGAAUAAAAAAAGAGGCCGGGUCUGAGUGUUCAAAUGAUGAGUCGUCUUCAUCGGACAGGCUGAGCUUUGAAAGAUUUGAUAUAUCAAAGUUGCUAAAACAUGGCGCUUCACUCCUUGGCUCUGCUGGUGUUGAGUUUGAAGUGCAAGAAGACAAAUCGGGAGAUGUGGACCCUAAGGAAAGGAUAGCUCGGCAGAGGAAACUGUUACAGAGAAAACUGGGGCUUGACAUGGGAGCUGCUAUUGGCAUGAAUACCGAAGAGCUAUUUAAUGAUGAAGACUUGGACUACUUACCUACCAACACACUUGUAAAUAAACCUACCCUUCAAGCAGCAGAGUUUAUCGACACAGAAUUUCUUCCUGGAAUGAGUAACAGGCAGAAAAACAAAGCAAAGCGAAUGGCAAAGCUGAUUGCUAAGCAGAGAUCCCGGGAUGUGACCGACACAAAUGAAAAGAGCAGUGACAGUACAGAUGGGGAGCCAGAUGAAAAACGAAGGAAAGUGACAAACGUGGUUAUCCCUCAGCCAGCUACAGAGUGCAAGGUGUUGAUUGAUAACAUCCCGGACAACUCCUCUUUGUUCGAUGAGACAAAUGAGUGGCCUCUGGAGAGCUUUUGCGAUGAGCUUUGUAAUGAACUGUUUAAUCCAUCUUGGGAGGUCCGUCAUGGGGCAGGCAUUGGUCUCAGGGAAAUACUCAAAGCCCAUGUUAGAAAUGGUGGCAAGAUGGCGCACAGUACAUGUGACGAGAUGGAGCAGCAGCAUCAAGAGUGGCUUGAAGAUCUUGCUAUUCGUCUUCUGUGUGUAUUUGCUUUAGACAGAUUUGGCGAUUUUGUUUCUGAUGAGGUGGUUGCACCAGUACGGGAAACAUGUGCUCAGACUCUGGGAGUAGUCCUGAAACACAUGAAUGAAAAUGGAGUUCACAAUACAGUCAAAAUCCUCCUGCGCCUAUUAACCCAGGAACAGUGGGAAGUUAGACAUGGAGGACUGCUGGGAAUAAAGUAUGCCCUAGCAAUUCGUCAGGAUUUAAUAAAAACUUUAUUACCUAAAGCACUACCAGCAAUAAUUGAAGGUCUUCAAGACCUUGAUGAUGAUGUGCGAGCUGUGGCUGCAGCAUCUUUAGUGCCUGUUGUCGAUAGUCUAGUGAAGAUACAAUUCAAGCAGGUUCCCUUCAUUCUUGGCACUUUAUGGGAUACACUUUUGGAGUUAAAUGACUUAACAGCGUCUACCAAUAGUAUCAUGACCCUCCUUUCUUCUCUCUUAACAUAUCCUCAGGUUCAGCAGUGCAAUAUUCAACAAUCACUUACUAUAUUGGUGACACGGGUAUGGCCUUUCCUGCAUCAUACUAUAUCAUCUGUUCGAAGAGCGGCCCUGGAGACAUUAUACACUUUGUUAUCCACACAGGAUCAGAACUGUUCAGGUUGGCUGACUCCCAUCUUGCAGGACAUGUUGCGGCAUAUAUUUCAGAUCUGUAUUUUGGAGAGUAACCAGGAAAUUCUUGACCUUAUCCACAAGGUUUGGCAGGAGCUAGUACACAAAGCCUCUGUGCAAUAUGUUGUGGCUGCAGCGUGCCCCUGGAUGGGAGCUUGGCUCUGUUUGAUGAUGCAGCCUGCUCACCUGCCUAUUGAUUUAAACAUGCUGAUAUUGGUGAAGCCCAAAUCAAACGAAAAAGCUGCUGGGAAACUCCGUCAAGGCCAGAGCCAAACAAGAGAGGUUGCACAGGAAUUUAUUGCUGGCUCGGACAGUGUGACCGAAGACUCUGCCACCAGGGAUUACCUGGUGACCCGCACCCGUUUGGCUGCUGCUAAGCUGCUGGGAUCAUUAUGCUGUUGUAUUUGUGAUCCCUGUGUCAAUACCGCGUCUCAGGAAAUAAAGCCUGCUGAAUCAUUAGCGCAGUUGCUCCUUUUUCAUCUGAACUCCAAGUGCUUACAAAGGAUCAGCGUGGCCCUUGUUAUCUGCGAGUGGGCCUGCUUUCAGAAGGAGUGCAAACAGUUACCCUUGCUGUCCAGCCACUGACUGCUUGCUGUUUUGUCUGAACAAUUGUAUUAUGAUGAAAUAGCGAUUCCUUUCACCGGAUGCAAAAUGAUUGCAAUCCAGCUGAUUUCCACGCUUGCAGAAGCAAACAUAGACAUUGGCAGCAAAGUAAACUGCAGUGUAUUUACAAUAGACCAAGCUAAUGAACUGGUAACUACAGUGUUCAGUGAAGCGACAGCACCUCUGAGGGCCAUUGCCUAACGUUUACCAGCAGCUAGAUGAAAAAGGCAACAAGUGCAGAUGACUGUGUUGGAAACCAACCAGGAAUGGCAAGUCCUUCAGAUGAGGGUUCACACCUUUGCUGCCUGUGCAAUAGUCAACCCUCAUGCAGCUCCAGAAAAACUUAACAUAAUCAAGCCGUUAAUGGAAGCUGUGAAAAAUGAAGAGAAUGCGGUGGUGCAGAACUACGCAGCCUUGUGUCUGGCUAACUGCUUCAGCAGUGUAUCUCGAGGACUCCUGUCCAAAUCCUAAAUUCUUAAAAAUCUUUGUAGUUCAGUGUGUGUGGAUUCCAGCAUCACGCCUUCUGUGAUCUGCCCAGCCCCAGCCUUGAACAACGCAGACCAUCUCAAAGGGUCAAAUUCUGAAAAAGAUGGAGUGCACACGGUCACAAAGCACCGAGGAAUAAUUACCCUGUAGCAUCAGCAAGCUGCUUUUGCAGUUACUAGCAGACGUGGCCCAACUCCGAAAGCUACAAAGACCCAAGUGGCGGACUUGCCCCACAGGAAGCGGAGCGGCACACGUCCACGGAGUGCGAUGAGCCGCUCUCCUUCUGCAGGUUCUCAUGCUGUCAUAGACACUCUAGCUCAUAAUCAUAAGUAUUACUUAAUCCAGAGAAGAGGUGCAGAAUAUACUCUUGGCUACCAUUGCAAACACUUUGGAAAUUUAGUCACAGGCCUGCCAUAUCUCUGGGAAUCAAUGGUCGGACCGCUAAGAAACAACAUUAACGUUGACCGUUUUGAUGGCAAGCUUCUCUUGGAAAAAGGAGACGAGAACGCCCAGGAACUUGUCUACAGCCUUCAAGUGUUUGAGGUCACAACCUCUUCCAUGGAUCCCAGUCUUCACCCCCUGCUGCUUCAACAUCUUCUGCAUCUAUUCAUGUGUCUGCAACAUCCUUUCACAUCAGUGAGGCAUAUGGCCUCUCGUUGUGUAGGAGUGAUGAGCCGCAUCGUUACCAUGGAAACCAUGAAUGGCUUCUUGGAGAAAGUUUUGCCGUGGCUUGGUGCGAUUGAUGACAACACGAAACAGGAGGGGGCCAUUGAGGCACUAGCUUGUGUGAUGGAGCAGCUGCAAGUCGGUAUUAUCCCAUACAUCGUUCUUCUUGUGGUGCCUGUUCUGGGAAGAAUGAGUGACCAGACAGACAGUGUUCGCUUCAUGGCAACGCAGUGCUUUGCAACGCUCAUCAGGCUAAUGCCUUUGGAAGCUGGAAUCUCAGAUCCUCCCAAUAUGUCAGAGGAGCUAAUUAAACUAAAAGCCAGGGAGCGCAGCUUCUUGGAACAGCUGCUAGACGGAAAGAAAUUGGAAAAUUAUACAAUUCCUGUUCCAAUAAAAGCUGAACUGAGGAAAUAUCAGCAGGAUGGUGUAAAUUGGCUAGCCUUCCUGAACAAAUACAAACUGCACGGGAUCCUGUGUGAUGAUAUGGGCCUGGGGAAGACGUUGCAGUCCAUAUGUAUUCUUGCAGGCGACCAUUGCCUUAGAUCUCGGGAGUAUAGCAGGAGUAAGUCUGCAGACUGUAUACCGCUCCCUUCACUGGUCGUAUGUCCUCCAACCUUAACUGGGCACUGGGUGGAUGAAGUAGGAAAGUUCUGCUCUAAAGAGUAUCUCAACCCAUUGCAUUACACAGGCCCUCCGACAGAGCGAGCCAGGUUACAGCACCAAGUGAAGAGACACAAUCUGAUCGUAGCUUCUUACGAUGUUGUUAGGAAUGAUAUUGACUUCUUCAGGAACAUGAAGUUUAAUUACUGCAUACUGGAUGAAGGUCAUGUCAUUAAGAAUGGGAAGACCAAAUUGUCAAAAGCGGUGAAGCAGAUAACAGCAAAUUAUCGUAUUAUCCUGUCUGGGACACCAAUUCAGAACAACGUUUUGGAGCUCUGGUCAUUGUUUGACUUCCUCAUGCCUGGCUUUUUAGGCACCGAACGCCAGUUUGCGGCAAGAUAUGGGAAACCUAUUUUAGCAAGUAGAGAUGCUCGAAGUUCUUCUCGUGAACAGGAGGCUGGCGUUCUUGCAAUGGAGGCAUUACACCGGCAAGUUCUGCCAUUUUUGCUCCGCAGGAUGAAGGAGGAUGUAUUGCAGGAUCUUCCUCCAAAGAUUAUUCAAGAUUACUACUGUACCUUGAGUCCUUUGCAGGUUCAGUUAUAUGAAGAUUUUGCAAAGUCUCGUGCAAAGACUGAUGUCGAUGAAACUGUCUCAUCGUCAUCACUAACAGAGGAGAGUGAAAAGCCAAGGCUCAAAGCCACAGGACAUGUCUUUCAGGCACUGCAAUAUUUGCGGAAGCUAUGCAACCACCCUGCGUUGGUUUUAACCACUCAGCAUCCAGAACACAAGAAAGUCUCAGAUCAGCUAGCAACUCAGAACUCAACUCUACGGGAUAUUCAUCAUGCCCCCAAACUGUCUGCAUUAAAGCAAUUGCUGUUGGACUGUGGUCUUGGUAAUGCCAGCACUCCGGAGAGUGGCACUGAAGCAGUUGUAGGCCAGCACAGAGUGUUGAUCUUCUGUCAGCUGAAGAGCAUGCUGGAUAUUGUGGAGCAUGACCUUCUAAAGCCUCACUUGCCAUCUGUUACAUAUUUACGACUGGAUGGUAGUAUACCUGCAGGUCAAAGACAUUCCAUUGUGUCCAGAUUUAAUAAUGACCCAUCUAUAGAUGUCUUGCUGCUCACCACCCAUGUGGGUGGCUUGGGUCUCAACCUGACUGGCGCAGACACUGUAGUGUUUGUUGAACAUGACUGGAAUCCAAUGAGAGAUCUUCAGGCCAUGGACAGAGCGCAUCGUAUUGGACAGAAACGUGUAGUAAAUGUGUAUCGGCUUAUUACAAGGGGAACUCUGGAGGAGAAGAUUAUGGGGCUGCAGAAAUUCAAAAUGAGUAUUGCAAAUACUGUCAUUAGCCAGGAAAAUGCCAGCUUACAGAGUAUGGGCACCGACCAGCUCCUGGACCUGUUUACACUUGACAAGGGUGGAAAGAGUGAAAAAAUGGAAACAUCAGAAACUGGCGGGAAGAGCUCCAUGAAGGUGAUCCUGGAUAACCUGGGAGAACUGUGGAAUCAGGAGCAGUACGAUACGGAGUUCAGUCUUGACAACUUCAUGCAUUCUCUGAAGUAAAGCCACCAAUGCGACUACUGAUCCAUCGAUUUUUGUGUUGCUGAUAUUCAGCAAGGACUGGGAUGGUACAAUGGGCAUUGGCGGUGUUUUACCAGGCUGCUUCGUUUUGAGAAGGAAUCUGCAGAGACUAGAAAUGGGAGAGAAUGUGUCAGUUUGAAUUAUGCAGUCUUAAAAGAUGCAACCAAGAGGCUUGAGUCUGACGCUAUAUUGGUGCAUUACAGCUGUGGACGUCGGCAUGUAAUAUGCCCAUAUUUUUUGUAUGGAGAAGUUUUUUUAUUUGACCUUUGACUCCCACAGUCGUCGCUAGAUUAUUACCCUCCUUACAGAGCCCCGUGUGAGGUCUUCAUAAAAUGGCUAUGGUGCACUCAGUAGAUCUAUGGCAGUGAACACAAGCCACAUUUUAAACAUAGAGUUUUAUGCCCUCGGCUGCUGGCAUGAAUGUGGCUUUAUAGGCUUUUGUUUUAAGGUUGUACAUUUUAAUGAAAUUUAUCAUAUACUCUGAAUAAGUCUGAAUUCGGUGAGAACUUUGGUUUUCUGGAGUUUCUCUAGAGCUAUGCACAUGUUCUGAUCACAUCUAGGAGAAUAGAAGAGGCCGACGUACGUACUUGUCCUGUUUUAGUAGAUCUGUCCCUUGCAUAUAAAAAAAAUAU